AAAGGCUGCCCCAUGUCCUGUGGCAGUGAAGGGCAGGUAUAAAAGGCAGCCUAAGUCUCUGCUCUCUCAUCCACUUCUCUUGCUUCCUUCUGCUUGGGAACCAGGUGCACCUGCAGCCCCAAACCAUGUCCUGCUACACCCCGUGCCGGCCCUGCCAGCCCUGUGGCCCCACUCCACUGGCCAACAGCUGCAAUGAGUGCUGUGUCAGGCAGUGCCAGAACUCCACUGUUGUCAUUGAGCCACCUGCUGUGGUGGUGACCCUGCCUGGGCCCAUCCUGAGCUCCUUCCCACAGAACACUGUGGUGGGAUCCUCCACCUCUGCUGCUGUUGGCAACAUCCUCAGUUCUGACGGAGUGCCCAUCAACUCUGGGGGCUUUGACAUCUCCAGCAUCACCAGGCGCUACGGUGGAAGGAGGGGCCUCCCCUGCUAAUGGUGCUGGUCUUGGGAAAUGCCCCCCGGAUCUCCAGGCAUGGUGCUGGACAAAGGAAGAAUCUUCAGGUCAUUUCUUUCAGAGGAACUGACCAUCUUUAGUACCUCCUGAAAAUUCUGGAAAGAAGGGCCCAGCUCAGGCACUUCAAAAGCCCUAUGUCUUUCCUACCUUGUAUCUCCUUGUUUCUAUUUUCAUUGUGUCCUUCCGCUCCCCUCAGCUGCAAGGCUCCUCCAAGCCAGCCUGCACUCUACAGGCAAGGCAAAUGGAUGCCCUGCAUGGACUUCACCAUGGCCAAGAGGUGAAGUGUCUUGCUUGUCCCUCCAGAUCUCUGAACUGAGGGACUGUGCUUGUAAAAACCUUGAUUCCUUCUUUAAACUCAAUAAAGAUUUUUGCAUCUCAA